GGGUGAUGUUGGAGUCCAACCUCCCUCCUGCCCCAGUGGUGAGCGGGCUGGCUGGCGGGAUGCGGCGGGUGCUGGUGGCGGCGAGCGGUAGCGUGGCGGCGCUCAAGCUGCCUGUCAUAGUGGCGGCACUGCAGCAACUGCCGGAGGUUGAAGUAAAAGUGGUGACCACAGAACAUGCCAAACACUUCUUUGACCCCGCAGAUGUUCCUGCUAAAAUAUAUAGCGACGCAGAUGAGUGGGAGAUGUGGAAACAGAAGACCGAUCCUGUCCUGCACAUUGAGCUGAGAAGGUGGGCAGAUCUAAUGGUGAUAGCCCCCUUGGAUGCCAAUACCCUGGGGAAAAUAGCCAGCGGCAUCUGUGACAAUUUAUUGACCUGCGUAGUCCGAGCCUGGGAUCUGAAGCGGCCGCUACUCUUCUGCCCAGCCAUGAACACUGUAAUGUGGGAGCACCCCAUCACAGCCGUACACAUCCAGACACUGAAGAGCUUUGGUUACAUUGAAGUGCCAUGCAUUGUGAAGAAACUGGUUUGUGGAGAUGAAGGUAAAGGGGGAAUGGCAGAGGUAUCAACAAUCAUAGAGAAAGUGCAAGACUGCUUGGAACAAUUGCACAGCCACAGGCUCACAGAGGCACAGCAGCAAUAAUAAAAAUAUAUCCGCACAGCCC